CCUUUCCAUAUCAGUUUUAUUUGGAUGUAGUUGUCUUACUUGAUUACUACUAUUUAUGUCAAACGAUCAUCUGGGUUUUUUAUUUAUUUUUUAUUUUAUUUAUUUCUUGAUUUGAUUUGAUUUGAUCUUGGUAUUUGGAACACUGUAUGUUUCUUGGGUUUUAUUUUAUUCUGGGCUUGAUUUUGUUUAUGAAAUUUGGAUUGUAGAUCGUUGUUAAUUUGGGUUUCUUGGCGUCAGUUUACUCUAAAUAUGGCUUUUUGUACGCUGAUUUGAUUUGAAUUGUAGCAACACUCGAUCAAUCUCUUUGUUUGAUUGCCUUCGAAAGCGGAUAUUUUAAAAGACAGAAAAAGGAGGAGGAAAUUUUUAGAAUUGAGAAAUGACUUGAACUAAGAGCUUUUUUUUUUUUUUUUUGGGUGCUUAUUUUAGUUUUAAUUUUUAUUUUCCUACAGUAUCAGUAAUUAAACAGGGAUUGGGGCCUGUGAAUUUCCUUUAUUAUGUCAUAUGGCCUCAUACUGGGGGCAUCAAUUCUUCUUGUAGUUGGGAAUUUGGGGUUAUUUGGGUGGGAAUUCUAUUUGCACACCACAAAAAAUCUCAGUAUACACCGUGAUAAACUUCCGAACAAUUGAACAAAAUGAAUUGUUCAGAUAUAUAUUCCACUCAAUUGUUUAUUUUCAAACAACUGUAUUUUGUUUGGAAAUUUAUAUCCGAACAUUUGAUUUUUUGUUUGGAAGUUUAUAUUUGAAUGACAUAAAUGGUGUAUUGAGAUUUUCUGUGGUGUAUGAAUAAAAUUAAGCUCUUCGGGUGGAGUUUACUUUAUGUGAACGGACAAAAAUGCCCUUGUGUGAUUUACUGAUUGAUCUCAAACAAGGGUUGUGGCUAGGGGCGGAUGCAGAGCCUAAGAAGCACUGACACUAAGAAGCUCCAGCUAGAGAUGGGUAUAUACCUUAGUACUCCCAAAACUGAAAAGUUCUCUGAAGAUGGUGAGAAUGGUUGUCUCAGAUAUGGCUUAUCAUCAAUGCAAGGUUGGCGGGCUACCAUGGAAGAUGCUCAUACCUCAUAUCUUGAUCUGGACACUUCCACAUCAUUCUUUGGUGUUUAUGAUGGCCAUGGAGGUAAGGUUGUUGCUAAGUUUUGUGCGAAGUUUCUUCAUCAAGAAGUGCUCAAGCAUGAAGCAUAUCUAGCUGGAGAUGUAGGAACCUCAGUUCACAAAGCUUUUUUCAGAAUGGAUGAGAUGAUGCGUGGACAAAGAGGGUGGAGGGAGUUAGCUGUCCUGGGAGAUAAAAUAAACAAGUUUACUGGCAUGAUUGAGGGUUUGAUAUGGUCUCCUAGAGGUGGUGAGGGGAAUGACCAUAUGGAUGAUUGGGCUUUUGAGGAGGGGCCCCAUUCUGAUUUUUCUGGACCAACUUCUGGGUGCACAGCUUGUGUUGCUAUUAUUAGAAACAACCAACUUAUUGUUGCCAACGCCGGUGAUUCUCGUUGUGUAAUAUCAAGGAAGGGCCAGGCAUACAAUCUUUCUAGAGAUCACAAACCCGACCUUGAGGGUGAAAGAGAAAGGAUCUUGAAAGCUGGUGGUUUUAUCCAUGCAGGACGAGUUAAUGGCAGUUUAAAUCUUGCAAGAGCUAUAGGUGACAUGGAGUUUAAGCAGAAUAAGUUUUUGCCUGCUGAAAAGCAAAUUGUGACUGCUAAUCCAGAUAUAAAUACUGUUGAGCUUUGUGAUGAUGACGAUUUUAUGGUGCUGGCCUGUGAUGGUAUCUGGGACUGCAUGUCAAGCCAGGAGCUAGUGGAUUUUAUACAUGAAAAGUUGAUCACUGAAAGCAAGCUUUCUGUGGUAUGUGAAAGAGUGCUUGAUAGGUGCUUGGCGCCAUCGACAGCAACUGGUGAGGGAUGCGACAAUAUGACUAUGAUCAUAGUGCAGUUCAAGAAACCCAUCGACUCUAGUGCUGCUGCACUGGAGGAAUCAUCAUCCUCAACUCCCAAUGAUCAAGCAGAUGCUGAAUCAAAUCCAGCUGAGACUCUGUCAAGCUACUGACUGUCAUUUAUCCAUGUGUCAGAGAUCCUUUUGACUGGAGCUGUAGUUACGAGAAGAACGAAGAAUCCCCAAUUUCUUGCUGAGGACUUGGGACUCAGGUUAGGAUGUCUGUUGUUUUAGAUGAUUUGGCUGCUUGUAAAGAUGGGGAUCAACUAUGAAUUAAGAUUUACUUUUUGUGCUGCCCUUUUCUUUUCCCCACGUUUCGUACAAUUUUGCAAUUGCAAUUUUACUUGUACAGAAGAUCUUUUAACCGAAGUUUGUUUAAAUGUUUCAUCUAGGGUUUUGUGUCA